AUGACAGUCAUGGCAGAAGAGAAAGAAAUUGGCCAACCUACGGCUGUUGAGAACGUAACGGAGCUGCACGAAUUCAAGAAUGCCGAAGGCUAUGUUAUCGACGCCAGCGAUCCUGAGCAUGCAAAUCUCAAACGAGCGCGCGAUGGCCAUACCAUCCUUCUACCUCAGCCCUCCACCGAUCCCAACGACCCUCUUAAUUGGAGCCGCGUCAAAAAGCACAUCAUCUUGAUCAUUAUCUCCAUGACAGCAUUUUUGCCAGACUAUGGCAGCGCGACAGGAGCCGUUACGCUGCUUCCGCAAGCCGCAAUUUGGAAUAUGACCCCUGACCACGUCAAUCAUUCCCAAGUUGGCAACGUCUUCAUGUUGGGUGCCGGCGGUGUCGUUGUCGUGGCGUUGUCGGCAUACUUCGGUCGUCUUCCUGUGCUGUUUUACUUCGUGGUACUUGCCACAGCCACUGCGAUCUGGUGUGCGGCUGCACAAACAUUCGAGUCGUUCAUGGCUGCACGGAUUCUCAAUGGCUUUUUCAGCACUGUUGCUCAAGGCGGUGGUCUCAUGUUCAUCUACGACAUGUUCUUCUUCCACGAACGAGCGAGGAAAAUCAAUGUCUGGGCAGCUUUCAUCAUCCUUUCACCGUACUUCGGUCCGUUGUUUGCAGCUUUCAUAAUCAGCACCCAACCCUGGCAAGUGCCUUUCUGGGUGUACGUUGCAGAGACCUCCCUCUGCCUUGUUUUGAUCAUCUUGUUCGUUGAAGAGACCUACUACGACCGCCGAAUUCCCCAGUCCUCCCAGCCACCCCGCGGGAGCCAUUUCUCCCGCCUCGUUGGCAUUUCCCAAUGGAAAUCCCGCCACUUGCGUAACACCCUCUCCCAGGCACUCAUGCGACCCGUCAGAGUCAUCUUGAAGCCCACUGUCUUCAUCUCAUGUUUCUAUUACCUCCUCACCUUCGCGUGGGUUGUCGGCAUAAACACCACUCUCUCCAUCUUCCUCACACCGCUCUACAACUUUGGCCCCAAACAAAUCGGAUACUUUUAUUUCACUCCCAUCGUGGCCGCUCUGCUGGGUGAGAUCACAGGCCACUGGCUCCACGACUUCAUCGCCACAAGUUACAUCCACAAGCACAAGGGCCACUUCGAGCCCGAGGUGCGGUUGCGCGCCAUGUGGGUGUCCACGCCCUUUAUGCUCGCCGGUCUCGUGGGGUUAGGCUUCUCCCUCGAAGACGGGUACCACUACAUGGUGACAUCUGUCUUCUGGGGCCUCUACGUCUUCGGCAUCAUGAUCACCACCGUCGGCCUGAACGCGUACAAUCUCGACAGCUACCCCGAAGCCUCGGGCGAGACGGCCUCGUGGGUCAACUUCUGUCGCACUACCGGCGGCUUUAUCAUCUCAUACUUCCAAGUCACAUGGGCAAACGCGCAAGGCACAAAGGUCAGCUUCGGCAUCCAGGCGGCCAUCUGUGCUUUUGCCUUUUGCCUGAUUGUCUUCUUACAGUUCUUCGGCAAGAGGCUGCGUGUCAAGGCUGGCGGUCUGAACUUUGCCACGUCUUAG